GAGUUUUUUUAUUUAUAAAAAUGGAUUAAUGGAAUGAAUUUCUUUAAGAUACAUUUGCAGGUUCAAUUGGAGGAAUUACAUUUGUUUUAAGCGCACAUCCAUUUGAGUAAUAAUUAAUAUGUGAUUGUAGCACAAUUAAAGUAAGAAUGUAGAUGGUUUCUGAAAAUACAUCAAUUCUUAAAACAGCCUAUAAAAUAUUUAAAUAUGAAGGAGUAUUAUAAUAUAUAUAAAUAUUAGCCUUUUGCUUUCUAUAAAGGAGUUGUAUCACCACUAUUAUUUAGUUUUCCAGUUUCGGCAACAUUGUUUGCAUGUUACGAAUAAUAUAUGAGAUAUUUCUAAGUGGAUAGAGAUUCAUAUUAAAUAAUGCAUUGUAUAUCUAAUUCAUAAAGUAGGGGGUGUUGGUGGAGCUUAUGCUGGAUUUAUAUAGAGUUUUGCAACAAGUCCAUCAGAACUAUUUAAGAUUGUAUUCCAAAUGUAAAUCUCAGAAAGAAAGCGUAAAUCUGUUCUGAGAUGUAUGUUUGAGUUUGUCAAUAAGGAAGGAAUAGCUGCUGUCUUUAAGGGAGUUAAUUCAACCAUUUUCAGAGAUAUCCCUUAAUAUGCAACAUUCUUUAUAGCUUUUGAAUCUACAAAAUAGUAUAUACAAAAUUAGAAAGGAUAUUUAAAUAUAUUCGAUCAAUUUAUAGCUGGAAUAACUGCUGGCUUAGUUUGCAUUAGUUUUUCUUAUCCUUAGGAUAUUGUUAAAACCAAAAUCUAAUAUGAAAUCCUUGAAUCUAAAUAAAAUCGAAAGUAUAUAGGAAUUGAUGGUGGUAUAUCAAAGUGCAUUAAAGAAAUAUAUAAAGAUGCAGGUUUUAAGGGUUUUUGGCAAGGAUUCAAUAGUUGUGCAAUCUAUUAUAUGGUAGCAUGUUCAGCACAAUUAGUUGGGUAUUAGUUUUAAACAUUCAUAGAUAUGAGUAAGGUCGAAUCUUUUGGGAUACUUACCUUAAAUAUUGAUAUUUAAUUAUUCUAUUUAC